GAGGGCCGAUAUGUCUCUGUGGUUCUACCAGGAAUCAACAGGCUCCUGACCAUCUGUGAAGUGGAGGUCUAUGGAUACCGUGCACCAACCGGAGAAAAUCUGGCCCUCCAGGGAAAAGCUACACAAUCAUCACUCCAUGGCAAUCUCAUAGCAUACAACGCUAUAGAUGGAAACCGUAACACAGACUGGAGUACAUGCUCACACACCGAUAACAACUUAAACCCCUGGUUGAGACUGGACUUGAGGAAAACACACAGGAUUUUCACUGUGAAUGUCACCAACGUAAUAGAGGCUUCCACAAGACUGGAUGGAGCAGAGAUUCGCAUUGGAGAUUCCCUUGAAAACAAUGGCAACAACAACCCAAGGUGUGCAGUCAUCACAAAUAUUCCUCCAGGAUUCACUCAGGGGUUUAACUGUGAUGGGAUGGACGGUCGGUACGUUAACAUAGUGAUCCCAGGACGGACAGAGUACCUGCAUGUGUGUGAGGUGGAGGUUUACGGCUCUGUGCUCGACUAGAUGUUCUGACAACACAAUACAGUGUUGUGAGUGGUUGGAUGUGUACAUUUUGUGAUUAUUAAACUGCUAAAAGUAACUAUAUGACAUUUUUUACAUAAGAUUUAUUGUGCUACUGUCUGACUGAUCACAUGACUUUUUCAUGUUAAUUUGGCUCAUCAGACAUGUCUUUUCAGUUUAUCUGUUAUAUAUUGAAGUGUGCAUAGUACAGUGUGUACUUUUGUGAUGUUUAAUGUGCAUGUAUGUGUGUCAAUCAAAUCAAUUUCUGUUUUAUAAGUCAUGUUUUUAUGUUUUUAUUUCA